ACCACUGCUGCUGUUACCACGCUGUCACCGACUUCCUGCGCGUGGUUUGUAAAUCAAUCAAGCGACCGUCAAGCGACCGUACUGUGGCGCGGCAACUCCUUAUGGCCAUCGUCUGUCUGGAACGGUGCUAACGCUACGCUGAACCACACGACUGCUGCGACUGUCCACAGCCAGCCUAUCAACCGCCCAACCAAUCAGCCUCAAGACACGGCGCACCGAAGGCGCGAAGGGUGCAGCAGGGCAGCCACUGUCAGACUGACGGGGCCCUGGGGCCGCCGUCGUCGUUUCCUUGUUUGGAGACAGCACCAGCAGCGCCGCUCAAGUCUGCGGAUCUAGCGGGCCCAGCUCCAGAAGGUGCCUACGGUCGGAAAUUACUAAAGAUGGCUGAACGCGACUACAUUGGGUUCGCCACGCUAGCGGAGCAGGUUCAUCGGAAGUCGGUGAAACGAGGUUUCGAGUUCACGCUUAUGGUGUGCGGUGAGGUGGGGCUCGGCAAGUCGACGCUAGUGAACACACUCUUUCUGACUGACCUGUACAAACACCGGACCGUGCCACCGGUGGAGGAGCGCAUAGAAAAGACGACGCACGUCGAGAAAAAGACGCUGGACAUCGAAGAGAAGGGCGUCAAGCUGCGCCUGACGAUCGUUGACACGCCCGGCUUCGGCGACUCGGUCAACUGCGACGAUAGCUGGCGUGUCUGCACUCAGUACAUUGACGAACAGUUUCGACAGUAUUUCACCGACGAAAGUGGCCUGAACCGGCGCAACAUACAGGAUAACCGGGUUCACUGUCUGCUGUACUUCGUUCCCCCGUACGGUCACGGGUUGCGACAGUUGGAUAUUGAUCUAAUUCGGCGGCUCCACAAAAAAGUGAAUAUUAUUCUCGUGAUCGGCAAGGCGGAUACCUUGACCCCGAACGAGGUGAAGAAACUGAAAGCGAACAUCUUGGAAGACAUCGAAACACACGGCAUUCAGACGUACCGGUUUCCGGACUGCGAUUCUGACGAAGACGAGGAGUUCAAGCAACAGGAUCGCGACCUGAAAGCAAGUCUGCCGUUCGCCAUCGUCGGUAGCAACAUGGUGCUGGAGGUGGCCGGUCGUAAAAUACGUGGCCGCCAGUACCCGUGGGGUGUUGUAGAUGUGGAAAAUCCACAGCACAGCGAUGUGGUCAAACUACGAACGAUGCUCAUCUCGACACAUAUGCAAGACCUGAAGGACACGACGCGCGAUGUACACUACGAGAACUACCGCGCUCAGUGUAUUUCACAGAUUUCGCAGCAUGCAUUACGCGAACGCAAUAAACUGAAGCGUGAAUCGACCGCAUCGAGCCAUGAGUUCAGCGACACCGAUCGGCUGCUGCUUCAAAAGGACGAGGAGAUACGUCGUAUGCAGGACAUGCUGGCACAGAUGCAGGAAAAACUAAAGUCAUCUCAUAUUAAUGAUUCCGUCGUCGACGUCUAGCUCUCGUUGCAGACAUUCUAGGCGAUUGUGGCCGUUGUGUUUCUACUCGACUUUCAGGGGCAAUAAUGCUGCGAAACAGCACGAUUGACCUCUGCCCACCGUGUUCCAAUGUAAACGCAUUCGACCUCCGAAAGCCUGUCGGCGAUCACCAGAACAAGAAAAAAAACAAGCUAGCGUUUAGGGAGGAGGAUUAGUUAAAGGAAAAAUAACACGUUACCUUAUUGUAUUCCAUAUGACACUAGUGACGAAAACAUGGCCGCAAUUGGGCAGGUAAAGUCUUAAAACAUAAUUGACGAACAUCAUGGAGGACCAAUUGGGUAAUACACGGUCUUAGUUCAUGGGUUUUAGUAAUAGCGUAGCUAAUAUGAGCGAAAACUAGUACCAGUACGGCCAGUAUUCUAACGUAUGAAAAAUGGAAAAAAAUGCUCGUGCAUUCGGGACGGAGUGAGAGUCUCACGCAGAAACACGUUUUGGAACAGCAUCAUUGGACGCCUCGGGCUGAACAUAACGACAAAACACGCUCGUCUGCAAGGUACGACCAAAGAAAUAGUCGUAGGUAUCUAUUAUACGGAGGGAACGAGUACGAGCAACCAGUCAUUCAUUUAACUGCAGUCCACGUCCAGUAAUCGACGCUUUCUUAAUGACCAUCUCUCUUUACCCUGAUCCUUUUUAUACAAUAGAAUUCAACGCUUUCAGUGAUGACAUGUGAGCCUACAGUCAAGGUGUCGAUCGACCAAAAUGUGGAAUUACAGUAUGGCACAGUACGCACUCAAAGAAUGCGAGUUUGACAAUCGGUCAGCAUAAUAUACGAUUACUACGAUACAGCAGUCGCACGGUUGAAGUUACCACGUCAACACCCGAAACAUGAGUCGAAGCAUUAUUGGGCGCCUGGUAGGCCUGAAUUGACCUAUGAAAAAAAAAACGAAACUAAAAACCAUAAACAUCAGAUCAAGAAAUAAUCCAGGUGUUUGUUAGUAUUCACAACGUUUUGUAAGUGCGGUACACAUUCAUAGAAACAUGCAACAAUCUCGCAGUCGAUGAGUAACCUCGGAUUAGUAAAAACGGUUGUUCGAAACGAACGAUUUAGUAGGUUUAUUGCUUUUGUGUGCAAUAUAUUUUAUGCAAGUGUUUUGUUUUUUGUUUCACUUUAUUAACUAUGGUUUCUUUUUAAGCGAAUGAAGGGGUGCUUACAUAAAAAGGCGUCUAUAACUCAGAUUCCUAAAUGGCGAGAUAUUACAAAGCGCACAUCGCUUUAAACAUUCAGACCUAUCUUUACGUUUAUGGUGUAUGCCUUUUCUAUUGAUGUGGCUCUUUUUGACGGAUCAGUUUUAUUUCUCCAAUAUGUGCAUAGUAGGAUCUUAAGGAACGACAAAAACAGCAUUUCUGCAUAAAAACUGCUGAGAAAAUAGUUCAGCAUUUGAUGAUUGGGGUGUCAUUGGCUCUGAUGUCCCUUUCAACAAAACAGAAAUCCGCCAAAUGUACCAAAAUACAGUUUCGUUGUGACAUAAACCGCAACCCGAGAACGAUUUUUAUGCGUUACAGGAAAAACCUACGACCAACCGUUACAUGUUACUCGUAAUAAAUUAUGUCAACGAAUAAAAUAAACGAUAAAGGCAAAU